UGUCAAGGUCGAAUAGCUGAGAAAGCGACGUGGGGGCCUUGAAUGACUGCCGUGAGAGAACUCAGCAUCCAGGGGGUUCGACGAGGUUUUUAAGCGGCGGGGAAUAUCUGGCAGAGCUGGAGGCCAAGCAGUAGGUCAAUACUCGGUAGAUUUAGACGAGGGAGAUGGCACAGAGAGAGGCUGGGUUCGACCACUGGGCCGACUACGUGACCCUUGCUAUAUACUUCUUGGUGGUUUUCUCCGUGGGGAUAUGGUCUAUUUUCAGAUCUAAAAGAAAUACGGUGUUCGAUUUCUUCCUUGCGGGUCGCAGUCUGCCUUGGUGGCCUAUUGGCCUGUCUAUCUUCGCCAGCAACAUUGGUAGCGAACAUUUCAUUGGCCAGGCUGGAACUGCAGCAGUCACAGGGGUCGCUGUGGUCGUUUUCGAGUGGAACGCUAUACCAUGUCUGCUUGCCCUGGGCUGGAUAUUCCUCCCAGUCUAUAUCGCUACUGGGGUAUAUACUAUGCCAGAGUAUCUGAACAGGCGAUAUGGAGGCCAAAGACUGAGGAUAUACCUCACCGCGGUGACCUUGAUCAUCUUCAUCUUCAACCAUAUAUCGGUCGACCUGUACAGUGGUGCCAUCUUUAUUCAGCAAGCUAUUGGCUGGAGUAUCUACACAUCCACGUUCAUCUUACUAGGGGUAGUCGCCGUGUACGUGCUCCUAGGGGGUCUCACCACAGUGAUAUUUACUGAUGCAGUCCAAGUGAUCGUCAUGCUCUUAGGGGGCAUCGUAGUCUGUAUAAUGGGUUUUGACAGAAUCGGUGGAUGGAACCAACUGUUGGUAAAAUACAUGAACGCCAUCCCGGCCUCGGCCAAUGCAUCCAACAACACGGCGCACUGCGGCUACCCCCCUGACGACGCCUUUCACAUAUUUCGAGAUGCUGGAGGACAGAGUUAUCCGUGGCCUGGCCUCUUUCUGAGGACCAGCAUAGCAGGUUCCAUGUGGUUCUGGUGCGCAAGUCAGUUAAUAGUCCAGAGAGCAUUGGCCGCCCGGUCAGUGACCCAUGCCAAAGGCGCCACGCUGUUGGCGGGAGUUUUGAAAAUCAGCCCAAUGUUCCUUAUGGUGAUACCUGGGAUGAUCAGUCGCAUUCUGUUUCCAGAUGAGGUUGCCUGCGCCACUCCUGAGAAAUGCAUGGAAGUUUGUGAAAACCCAGCAGGCUGCAGUAACAUCGCAUAUCCUAAGCUUGUCUUGGAGGUGCUGCCACCAGGUCUCCGUGGCCUGCUCCUGUCCGUGAUGAUGGCGGCCGUGGUGAGCACCCUGACCUCAGUCUUCAACAGUGCCAGCACCAUCUUCACACUGGAUAUAUGGCGGCGGUUCCGCAAGUCUGCCACCAAUGUAGAGAUGCUCAUUGUAGGAAGAGUAUUUGUAGUAUUUCUAUUCGUCAUUGCCGUCCUGUGGAUGCCGGUGAUGUCUUCGUCACAGGGAGGACAGCUGUACCAAUACUCUGCCUCAUUUAUAGGUUACUUCCAGAGUCCAGCCUGUGCCAUAUACCUCCUCUCCGUGCUGUGGUCAAGGACAACAGAACCGGGUGCUUUUUAUGGAAUGUUACUGGGGCAGGUGGUCGGAGUGGUCAGAUUUGUCCUGGACUUCGUCUACCCGGCUCCGGGCUGUGGUGAAGUGGACACACGGCCGGUGAUAGUGACCGGAAUUCACUACCUCUACUUUGCCGUGAUGCAGGCUGGGAUAGCUGCCGUGUCCGCCAUAUUGAUCAGUCUUCUGACGACCCCUCCGACUGCAGCACAGCUCAAGGACGCCACCUAUUGGUCGGCCCGCAAACACCUCAGCGUUGGGUACAGUUAUGAGGCAGACAAAAAAGACGAGGCAGAAAACAUGGAGCUUACUGCAAUGAAUGGCCAACAUUAUGGCACAGAUACAGAGUCGGAAGACACGCCGGGAGAAGGUCUCAACUCCAAAGAAACCAUCGUCGCUAAAACAGAAUCGAAGUGGAAACACUACCUUAGGAUAAUCUGUGGGUUAACCAGUGAAGACACCCCCAGUGAUACCCCCGGGAAGGCAGGUGCGUCUGCCACGAACUCCCCAAACCGCGGGAAGGUCGGCGGGGAGCAUCCAAGAUGGCAGCCAGUGGUCAACGUGUGUGCAAUUCUUCUAGUCGGUCUUUUAAUGUUUUUAUACGGGUAUUUUGCUUAGGAAGUGAAAGGCCUUUUUAUCUUUAUUUUAUUUAUUUAUUUUUUUUGUUAUUGUUGUUUUUUAAUUGUUGUUUCCAUUUUUUGUUUUAUUUAUCUACUUAUCUAUGUAUUUUUUUUAUUUUUUUGUAGAAGCUAUGAUCGCUGAGCAUGGUCACUUAAAUACAAAACACAAUAUUUACGUUUUGUUGUUACAAUUUUUAGACACGGUGAUAUUUUUUCAUCACCAUUCCGAAGUAAAAGCAUGGCAUUUCAGUUACGUGAACAAACGGGGCAUAAGAGCUUCCACUGUUGAACGCGGAACUAGUCCUUAACUCUGUGGCUGUAAGAAAGUCGGUUAGAUUGAAUGAUUCUUGGAUUCUAUGAUCGGAAUCAGCACAGUAUAUUGUUAUUAGACAAAAAAAAUCAUAUUUGAUUAUUGCUUCAUCUAUUCAUGUGCUUCAGUGAAUGACCAAAGAGAAUGUUAGAAUUAUAACUAAGAAUUAGAAUUAUGAUAAUUGGAGUCGAAUGAACAUGACACAAUCAUCAUUGCGUGAUCCAUUAAUAUCAUUAACAGAUACGUUCAUAAUGUUAUUGCAAUGCAUUGGAUAUUUGUUAUUUUUUAUAAUUAAGCUUUUAUACUGAAGAAUUCCAGUGCAUUUUUGCACUAAUGCAGAUGUCAAAUAAAUGAUCAACGCCGUAGUGGUUAUUUGCCUGUGUGAAGCGUCUUCAUG